AUGGAGCUGCCGCCGUCGACGCCGCCGGCCGCCCGGCCGCCACACGAGCUGGAGUACCUGCUGCGGCUGCUACACUGGACGGGUGUGUUGCGGCACCCGCGAGCAGAGUCAUGGGCGGCGGGCGCCUACUACCUGCGGAGCGCGGCCGCGAACGCCGCUGUGGCGGCCUUCCUCUGCUCGCAGGCGCUGGCCCUGUGGAGGGGCGGCACCGCCGACAUAGACCGCUUCACACUCCUGCUCUCCACCUUCAACACCGUCGCCGCCUGGCUCUUCCGCCUCGGACAUAUCGCCGUUCACGAGCGCCAAUUUCACUACCUCGCCGCCCAGCUGGACCGUGACUUUGGAGACUUCCUGCGUCCACAUGAUGUUCACCUGAUGGAGACACGUGACCAAGAUCUGCGCAGAUUCGUGCUGGCCUACAUUUGGUUUGGCACCGCAGGCUGCCUGUGGUGGAUCAUAUUUCCGCUGCUUCGCUUUGGUUUCUGUGCUGCAGGAUUGCCGUUUAUCUUGGAGCUCCCAUACGAUGUGACGAGUCCACUCACAUUCAUCCCCACUUGGGUCUUCUGCAGCUUCAUCACUAUACACGCGGCCGUGGUUACUAUAGUUGUGGACUCCUUCAACGUGUCCCUCAUAGCACAGCUGCGGGUGCAGCUCAUCCUACUCUCCAGAAACAUUGUCGACCUUGCUAAUGAAGACCAAGACCUUACGUCUUCAAUCAAACAUAUGCCUUCUGAAACUUCACUCUCAUCUGACGCCAUGAGUGGCUUUCAAAUCAGACAUCAACUACGAAAAAUGAUUCUUCACCAUCAAGCUAUUAUUAGGAAUACCGAGUUGAUGGAGAAGUGUUUAGGCGCCAUGCUACUGGGGCAGAGCUUGUCCAUCGGGGCUGCAGUCUGCUUCCAACUGUUCCAAGUCGCCUUAAGUGCUGAAAGCCUGGCAGAGGCCGGCAAGUUCGGCUGCUACCUGUGCGUCAUGCUGGCGCAGCUGUUCGUCUACUGCUGGUUCGGAGAUGAAUUCAUAACGGAGAGCGAGAAGGUGGCGCUGGCAGCCUACUCGGCAGUGACGUCGCUGCAGGGAAUCCAUAUCUCGCAGAAGCGGUCGCUGCUGCUCAUGAUGGUCCGAGCGCAGAGGCCUCUGCGCAUAACAGCUGGCGGCUUCUUUCCUCUCUCCAGAGAGUCCUUUGUGUCGGUGAGGGGCUGUUCCUUAACAUAA